AUGGCUCCCGCUCGGCGUCACAGAAUCGGAGCUAGUCGCCGACGAAGAGAAGACGAAGGCGAAGAUGAGGGUUCAACGGUGGGGCAUGUGGAGGAAUAUGAUGAUUCGAUGAGUGAUGGAUCGCUACCGAGCCAUUUGGGCGACGACGACGAUGCUGAUGGCGAGGGAAGCGAUGUCAGUGAAGAUGAGAGUGCAGGGAUGCAACAUGGUAGCACUAAAAGAAACGGACAUACUCGUGCUACUGGUGGAGGGAAUGGGGACACCUCAGGAGAGAAACUGGAUGUUCCGUUCAAACCGACAUUAACCGCGACAGUGUCCGAUACGGAAGCGAUGAUGAACGGACUGAGAAUUUCGGCCGGACAGGAAAUCGAAGAGAUAGAAUUUGACAGUAUGAGUAAGACAAAGGAUAAAAUCGGGAGGACACCAUCGGCGCCGCCUACGGAGUCGCGAAGAGAGACAUUUGCUGAGCGAAAACGACGGGAGCAUGAAGAAUAUAUCAAGGCUAGGGACGAGAAUCCUGCAUUUGUUCCAACACGAGGAGGUUUUUUCUUGCACGACAAGAGAUCUGUAGAUGGACCUCGAUCUCAUGUCAAUAAGUCAAAGUCACGGCCAUAUGGACUUAUUGUUGAUGGAAAUGUGGGAAGACGCCAGAAAACUGACGCCAGUGACGGACAAUGGACUCACGACCUGCACGAUACAGUCGUUCGCGAUGAUAGACCUACCAACUCCACCUUUACACCUCCACACCCGCAAAAUACAAACACAGGGUAUACAAAUGGCUCUGCAACAGUGACUGUUGCACCUCGCUCUACACCCCCGAACCGCUCUUUCUCGACGACCCUGUUAAUUGGAAAUGUUCCCGUACGAGUUUUUCUACCUGGAAUGGAAGCUGCGAUCCCCUUUGCUGCUGUCCCGAAGCGUCAGCAUACACGGUUACCACAGCACCGCCCUCCCCUGAGACGGGAUAAACCCGUUCGUGUUUCAUUGCCUGAUGCACCACCCAAAUAUAUCCUACCGGCACCUGAGCGGUCGUUCAUAUUCAUUCCUCGUGCGCUUCGGCCGAAUCAACAGUCCUUCAGAGGACGAGGACGAGGUGGAUAUUACACUAGCCGAAGACCCAGCUUCUAUCAGCCAGGCUCGGUUUACUCGCCCAGUAUAUCCAUGAGUCGCAGAUCGUCUCUGCGGGAAGGCAUGCAUUCACCAGCGGCAUCUGUGCUCUCGAGACAAAAUAUGGCGACGGGUGAAGUCAAACCUAUCGUGCGUCUUCCACCUUCAGUUCGCCCACCUGGCGUUAUGGUGCCCGGUGGACCAGUCAUGCCGGCGGUUCCUAUCCUACCACAGGUUCCCAACACGGCUUAUAGAGAAAGCCGUGGGGGGCCAAUGACUAUGCACCAACCCCGACCGCAGAAAACCGUUUCCUUGGCCGAUAUCGAGAGCCCGGCAAGCUUCAACUUCAACCCUCCUCAACCACAACAAGAACAACCGUUCCACCAACAAGUUCCUGUGGCUAUGGCAGCUCCGGGCUAUGGGCCGGACGGGGCAUACAUGCACGGACGUCACUCGUCUCAUCCCAGCCAGCCGUCAGGCACACCUCUUUCGCAUAUUCCCGAGCGCGCUAUCCAUGCGGCACCCUUCCAGCCGUAUGGAGUACCUUCUCAGCCUGCGUAUUAUGCUGCUGGUUAUUCUCCAGGAGCUAUGUACUAUCCAGUCCCUGGGAACGAGUUCCCGCAUUACACGCCUCCGGCUGUUAAUAGCGGCCUGGGCUACGGACCCCCUCCAUCUCACCCAUCACACCUCCCACCAGGCCCUCAAGCAGGGGGCCAACCGUACAUGCUCCACGCGGGGCCACCGGCAGCUCCACCUUCGGCACCUCCACACUCAACGGGGGAGCAACAAGCUUCUCAUACAGGCACAGUAGCCCACGAAGCCAACGGCACAGUCUAUUUCUACGACGCACAGGAACUAUAUCAUCCUAAUGCAGCGUACAACGCAACCGGCGGGGUUGUCGGAAUGGGCGGCAUGAUGACGCCACCAGGCACGACGUAUUAUUAUCCGCAGUCUUCGGGCGUUUAUUAUCCUCAGUGA